UUUUAUCUUAUUUGCUAGCCCAUGUUGAGCUUCUUCUACCUCGCUCACUCUGUCAUUAUUAUCAGUUAUAAUCCCCAAAUCCCGACGACUAACAUUUUCUCCUCUUAAAGAACCCUAAUUUUCCCUUUGUCAUCGUCGUUUAAUUCUUAUCCUGUUUUCCUCUCACAUGGAUUCUUUGCUGGCUAAUUACGCCUCCUCAGACGACGACGACCAACCUUCUCCCCGAGUGCUGUCGGAAAAACCAGUGAGAUCCGAGUCCAUAGCCGGAGUCGCUAGAGAUGAAGAAAAUUCUCCUCCAAAAUCUACACCAACACGUGGCGGGAUCUUCAACUCUCUCCCGCCUCCCAAAUCUUCCCUCUUCAAUUCGCUCCCCCCGCCCAAAUCGAAGCCCUUCACUAACCCUAAGCCCCAAAUCGAAUCGGAGCAUCAGAGAGAAGUUAACGGCCGCGACGAGCAAAAUGCUGGAAAUUCGAAUCCCAAACCUUCAUCCGCUUCGCUGUUCUCUUCGCUACCUCGGCCCAAAUCGUCUUCAUCGUCCUCCUCAUCAUCUACUGCGAAAAGGGUUGUUCAGUUUAGGCCUCCCACAAUUGUGAACCCGAGAACAGAUGAAGAUGACGAUUCUGAUGAGGAUGAACACGAAAGUCAGAGGAAGAAAGCGAAAGAGACAAUAUCUACAGCGUCUGCAACCUCAUUCUUGUCCAGUAUUCCGGCACCCAAGCACUCGGCCACUCUCGGCAGCUUGCCUUCGGCAUUGGGUAGGAGAUCGAUGCUGGAAACAGAUACUCGAGCCUCCAUUGCAACUACGGGAAGUGAUUCAGUUGUUGGCCCCGUUAAGCCCAGUGAGGUGAGUCAUGGCUAUUCUGGUUUGAAUUCUGAGAGUGCAUAUUCUGAUGAAAAUGCUGCUGAUGGUAAUUUUGAUUUGGCCCCUGAAAGUGGGAUUAACAUGGGAAUUGAUGUUGGCAUGAAUCACAUUAAUACUGUUAACGACUAUUUUAGUAGUUCAGGUGGUGAAAGCUCUGCAUAUUAUGGUUAUUAUGGCAUUGGUCCCUCGGAAAAUGAAGGGUCCGAUGGAGUUCCUGAUUACCCAUACGGAAAUGGGGAUUAUGCAGCUUAUGCUGGUGGUUAUGGGGAUUAUGAUAAUAAUGCACAGUAUGGAAAUAAUUGGAACAAUAUAACUGGCUUGCCUGAGCCUGAGGUGUCGGGAGCUGUUGAACCUUCUUUUCCGAUUCCUGGCAAGAGGGGCCGGAAAGAUGUUCCACCUCAGAUAAUUGAAGUGAAGCAGGAUGAGUUGAUAAAAAACCGACCAAGGGAGGAUCAAGUUAAAAUGACUGGGGUAGCGUUUGGCCCUGCAUAUCAGCCAGCUUCAACCAAGGGUAAGCCCACCAAGUUGCAUAAAAGAAAGCAUCAAAUCGGCUCUUUGUAUUUCGACAUGAGACAGAAAGAGAUGGAACUUGCCGAGAGACGUGCCAAAGGUUUUCUUACCAAAGCUCAAACGCAAGCCAAGUACGGAUGGUGACAUCAUCCAUCUGUUUGCGCAGGGCUGUAAUGUGCUAAUUGUAAAAUAUUGUCCUUGAAAUUUGGCCUAAUUGCAAAAGACACCAACUGGUCUUUAUGAUUACAAUGACAUACUCGAUUAUUUUUUUUUAUUUCACAAAAUGCCAAAAACAUAAACGAGGAGAUGUUGUACCUGAGGUUCUUUUUGCAACUAAGCAAGUUUUCGGGGCAGUUUUUGUAGUUGUGCCUGAUGUAGCUCUCCAAGUUUGUUUUUGGGAAAGUGUCGUUUCUGUUGCAUUGUUUCUUGUGAUUUGCUUAAUAAAAACACUUGAAUGUAUUGCAAUGGUCGUGCAAAGUGGGAAAACCGUAAUUUUUAAUUUUGAGACUUGAAUUUUUGUGUUGAUUCAAUCUGUAAAUCUUUAUUGUAUUGAUAUGAUAUCGUUGAGUGUUCCUUUUGCAAGCAUUUGAUGGUGGAGAUGGGCAAUUUUUUUGCAACAAAAUCACUAUUAUAAUUUCUACCUCUGAAAAAC